AGGGAACGUUGAAGAGUCCCGUCCCGUCGUGCACCAACAUGCCGCCGCAGCUGCUCGCCAGCUCCAUUAUUGCCUCUACUCCGCCAUCUCCUUCCUAAUCGCUCGCCUCGUUUCAUCACCUGAGCUCUCCUAAUCUCAUUCACCGUUGCUUGCUCUUUGAAUUGCCUUUGCCCCCAUUUGCUUUCCUGUUUCUUCCAUCCCAUCCGUACCAGCUGACGGUGCCCGGGUUCCAUGCCCAGCGGCCAGCGCCUUGUGACCUGAUCCGCGGCUCGUCCAUUCCUCCCUCCGUGAAUGGCUCCUCCAGCAGGGUCUGGGGCAGCGACGGAGGGAGGGCCGGCACGGCGGCGCGGCACCGGCACCGGUACCAGCCCCGGCCGCACCAAAGUGUGGGUCGAGCCGCCGGGCAAGAGCCACCACCAGACCCCGGCGCGGUCGCUGCCCCCGCCCUCGCCCCCGGCCCCGUCGGUGGCGGCCAAGAGGGUGUCCGUGGUGUACUACCUUUGCCGCAACCGCCAUCUGGAGCACCCGCACUUAAUCGAGGUGCCGCUCGCCGCCCCGGAGGAAGGUCUCUACCUGCGAGAUGUGAUUAACCGCCUCAACGUGCUGCGCGGGAAGGGCAUGUCCUCCAAGUAUUCCUGGUCUUGCAAGAGGAGCUACAAGAACGGCUUCGUGUGGCACGAUCUGUCCGACGACGACCUGGUGCUCCCCGCGCAGGGCAACGAGUACAUCCUCAAGGGCUCCGAGCUUCUUGACCGCUCGCCGCCGCUAGAUCGGCAGCAGAAUGGCGUUAGCAACCCAAAGGUGGAGGGCCUCAAGCCAUGCAAGGAAGAGUCCCCUCAGUCGCGGGGCUCGCAAGAAGGAUGCUCGUCGUCAUCGUCUUCGUCUGCCCUUGGCAAGGAGAUCUCACCUCCACCUGCCACUCGACGGCCACAGCAGCAGGCGCAAUCAGCAGUGCUGCCAUCGUCGUCGGCUUCCACCAACCAUGAAGAUGACCUGUGCCCGACCGCGCAUUCAGGCUCGUCCGGCAACCAGUCCCCUGAACCUGCAGGAAGAAAUGCUCCAUUGUCAGAGGCUAGCUCCCCGGGACCUUCCGAAUACAGGGUCUGCAGACCCAUCGGAGCUCAGGAUGCCGCGACACAAACAGAUGACAGUGAGAGGGAUGUUGCUAAAACCCAUACUUGCGUGGUCGGAGUGUCCAUGGAUACGACGUUAGAUGCUGAGAUUCAGGAAUGUCAUCAAAGGAGCUCACUGCUGUCACCAAAGGUACCCAAGAUUGUUCAGGAAUCACCGGCCCUGUGUUCCUCUGAUGCUUCACCGGGUGUCAGAGUUGAGACCUUGGAGUCCCUAAUAAGAGCAGAAGCCUGUAGGAGAAGUAGCUUUAGAACACUAGAGGAGGAACACAUGCUUGGCCCAAUUGGUGUGAAACUGAAGCCAGCCAAUUUGCUAAUGCAGCUUAUCACUUGUGGAUCUAUAUCUGUUAAAGAACACCGAGGCUUUGGGUUCAUCCCAACGUACAGGCCUCGGUUUACACAAGUUGAGUUCCCUUCGUCAGUGUUCUCCACUCCUGUGGCAUUGCGACACCUUGACAAAAUCCCCUGCAAUACAAGAACAAUCGGGACGAGAGCUCCAGAGUCUGAACGUUUCAGUGGGAGCUUGGUUGAGACCAAGAUGCAGGACGAGUCAAGGAGAGGAAUCAGCUCACUCAAACGCUCAUCAUCUUAUGACGAGGAUAGAGUUUAUAGAGCAGCACAUUCCAAAAGUGAUACAGAAAACUCUUGUGAGUCAGGUAGUUUCAGGUGUCUUCCGCAGACUAUCAGAAUCAUAUCAUGUAAGCAAUCGAGAAAUGGAACAAUACUCUCCCCUUUCUCUGAUGUGAGAAACAGCUCUAGUCAACAAGAAUAUAGUACUAGAUCCUCACCACUGGGUUCAUCAAAGAGUGCAAGCAAUAGGAUGACUGAUCCAUCACUGGGUAAAGUAGAUUCAUUCCACAAGGAAAAGGACAUGAUCAAGAUCGAAGAAAGGCUUCCUUCUGGAGCUCGGGUUAUAAUCCAAUCUGCACCUUUGUGUGAAGAUAGUGAUGGCAGCAAUGAAUCACUGUAGCAUGGUUACUUGAACGCCCUUCCUUCCUUGAGAGAGGGAUCGAAUGGCCCAGGUUCUGUGAGGGAGGGUGUAUGCAGCUAUGGGCAGUGGAUCUGAUCCGAUAAUGCUGCGCCAUGGAGAGCGACGUGCCCUCAGGCAACGCCAGAUGCACAUGUAUUUGUGGAACUGUGAAGCAGGAAUACAAGCUGUGUUUGGCUCUGAAUUAUUUGAUCCUCAGUGGCAUGUUUCUGAAGUCUGAACGUGAAACGAUAGUAUCUGGCUCUGAAUUUUCUUGUCUUUCGAUUCGGAGUAUACAUGCAUGUAUCUAUGUUGUGUGUUGCCGUCUGAAGCACAAAGCACCAUAAACAGGCGGCAAGUAUUCUUGUGCCUGUGUUGACGUGUUGUUCUGCUAGGGGUGGGUGAGAGUGGCAGGGCAUCCUUUGUCUGUGUUGAGCAGGUAUGUGCUUUCUUCUAGUUGUAGAUGGCAAAGGGUUGCACAACAACCGACAGAGUGAGGUCUUGAGUGAGAACUGAAAAAUGAACCGAGCUGAAGAAUCUGUUGAGCAUUCUUGGUCUUCGAUUUGA